AGGUGGUGCCCAGCAGUGGCUCUUAAGCCACACUGUCGCCACGGGGGCCUCUUUUGGAUGUCGGUGCAAUCGAUCUUCCGCGCGGCGGCGCAGUCAGACUGAGGCCGCAGACGUCCCAAGCUGUGAUGAUCGGCGUGGCUUUUCCCCAGCGCCUCUGCGCGUGCAAGCAGAUGCGGAAGAGGGCCACGGUGGGGCUGAGCAGCGAAGGCCGCGCAGCGAUUCAUCCCAGGACCCACCAAUUUGUGCAGCUUGUGGAAGGACUGCCAAAACCCGUUGUGGAAGAUGCAAACAAGAGAAUUACUGCAACAAGGAGUGCCAGGCCCAACAUUGGAAGAAACAUAAACUUGUGUGUCGACCUGCGUCCACGCCCUCGCGGCCCAGCACGACACCGGCGAGGCAGCCCUCAGAGGACGUGGAGCUGAUUCCACUCUGCGGCCAAGGCUUUCGGCGCUGGCUCUCCCAAUCCGCAUGGCGGCAAGUAAGCUCUGCUCAGCUGGAGGAACCCAGUGUUGGCAUCACCAACUGGAGCAACAACUGCUACCUCAGUGCAGUGUGCCAAUGCCUCCUGCAUACGCCGUUGUUACGACGACAUUUACAUGACACCUGCCAAGAACUUCCCAAGGAUCCAUGGUUGGCCGAGCUAGUGGGUCUCUGUCGUCUCUUGGACGAUGCAAAGCGUCGGGGCCUGCGCUAUGUGGAUCCCCCUCGACGACUCACCAAGCUGAUCGCGGAGGCCAGUGAAGAGUUUGCGUUUGGCCGACAAGCUGACCCGCACGAAGCUUUCAUGAUGCUGACUGCCGGAUGGCUCGCUGGCUGCGUGAAGGUGGGCGAUGGCAGCGGGACAGAUUGUUCCAAGCUUGGGUACUCGGAGAAGGAACAAUUAGAGGCGAGCAGCAUGAUCGGCCAUGUCUUCGGUGGAAUCAUGGGUUCCUUAGUUCGCUGCAAGUCUUGCACCUAUGAGUCCUUGGUCAGCCGUGUGGAGUACUGCCUGUGCCUCACAGUGACACUGGGUAUGACGGAGGAGGAGUUGCAACGUUGUCGCCAGGAGAGCGCACAACAACUGAAUCGUUGGUGCCUUCGUCGACCUUUGCAAGGCUCCAGACAAGAGUCUUCUGCCAGCCCUACAUCUCUGUCGGAUCUUCUCGAUGAGUACACCAAGGCAGAGCACCUUGAAGGCUUCAAGUGUGACAAGUGCAAACAAGAAGACUGCGAGAAGAGAGCCUUCAUCCGCCGUCGGCCGAACGCCUUUGUGAUUUACAUCAAUCGUAGACAGGACACCAAUCUUUUUGGCAAGAUCAAUCGGAGGGUGAGCUUCCCUACGAAAUUGGAUUUGAGCCGCUGGAUUCCCCCAGAAGACAUCCGUCAAUUCGGCGAGUGCAACGGAGGCAUGGACUACCUGCUGUAUGCUCUGUGUGUCCACCACGAUUUACGGGGUUCCACAGCCUCCGGGCACUAUGUCGCAUAUGCUCGGGACCGUCACAACAGAUGGUUCCACAUCGACGACGAGACGGCCCGGCAGGUCCAAUGGCAAGAUGUGGAAGAGCAAAGUCAGCACGUUUCGGUGCUGUUCUAUAUGGCGGAGACUCCUGUGGAUAUGGCUGAGUCAGUUCCCAUCAGUGAAGAGAAAGGAGGACCACAUGAAUCCAUCGAGGAGACUGCAACUGCAUCACCCACAAGCCCGACAAGUCCCAGCAAGGAGCAGGUGCAGAACGGCUCUCAGGACGACAAGACCCUCGGUGUGCAGAAUGUCAAGGCAACCGAGGCUUCCGACGACUUCCGAAAUCUGACAGUGCAAGAAACUGUUUCACACCAGCCAGAUGUGCUGGGCACAGACGGAAAGAGACCCUCAGAAAUCCAGAGAGAGACCGUUGAGAGAUCCUCAAAAAUCGAGAAAGUGAAGUGAAGCACUGAGAAAGCACAUGUUUUGCCUGG